CCUGUGAGAAACCAAAAAUAAAUAAAAAAAAGAAUAUUGGGAAAUUCCCCCAAAACAAAAGAGGGGACGAUGUAUGGAUCACCGUGAGGAUGGGUUUAUCCAGUUUGUAGGGUGAAGGCCAAACUUUCUCAUUUAGGUGAACCCCUAGCGAUAGAACAGUAGUUGUGGAAGGGCGAUGCUGAAGAAAUCCUAGGAGUGCUGGAUUCCAAAUCCAAGGAGGACGAAAAUUUAUAGGCUGACCAGUUGCAUAUAGCAAACACAGAGAAUGUGCACUGCGAUUUGGCCUUCACCAUUAGUGUCAGAACUUUGGAAAGAGAAGAUGGAUCGAGGAGGAAACGGAUGGUCGUUGUCUUCGUGUACUUACGGGUAUACCCUGGCGGUCAUAGUGAUCAUACUGACAUGUCAUUUGCUGAACUCUCGCCUUCCAUUUGCCUUGUCUUUCCUAUCCGUCGUCUUCGGAUUUAGAGAACGAUCUGCUGCGAAUCCACAUGCCCAAUCCAAUGGUCAUCCUGAUGUCGCUCCCUCUACUCCUUCUGAUGUAAGGUGCGAAGCAAGUCUAUGCGGAAAGGAUAGGAAAAAGCUCUAUACAAUUUGCGAGUUGUUAGUGGAAUACGAGAUCACUACAGUGAUAUCUGAUCUAGAUCUGAAGAAUUUGAUUGAUGUCGUAAAUAAGAAAUUUCAAGCUAAUGAGAAAUGGGAAGAUGUCAUUAACCGGAGAACAGAUCGUUUUUCCUACUGUGCACAGUGUUGUAAACUGAAGGAUGCGCCUCUUAAAUAUCUAAGUGUCACUGUAUUUGAAAAUUGCUCUGUUGAGAUGAUAAGAGAUUUUUACAUGGACAAUGAUUUCCGGAAAAUUUGGGACAAAACCUUGAUUGAGCAUAAGCAGUUGCAGGUGGAUUCAAGCAGUGGAACUGAAAUUGGACUCAUGAUAAAAAAGUUUCCAUUAUUGACUCCCAGAGAGUACAUAUUAGCGUGGAGAGUGUGGGAAGGCAGUGAUGGAUCCUUCUACUGUUUUACCAAGGAAUGUGAAUAUCCUUUGGCACAAAGAAGGAAGAAGUAUGUCAGGGUUAGGCUCUUUAGAUCUGGUUGGAGAAUCAAGAAAGUUUCUGGUAGGAAUGCCUGUGAGAUCCAAAUGGUACACCAAGAAGAUGCUGGUCUUAACGUUGAAAUGGCAAAAUUAGCCUUUGCAAAAGGCAUAUGGAGCUAUGUUUGUAAAAUGGAUGAUGCACUUCGCCAAUACUCAGCCGUUGACCACCAUCCUCAAUUGACUUCAGGUGUGAGUGCCGUCACGUUAAUUCAAAAGGUUCCACUUGGGUUAGACACCUUGGACCACACAAGGGGCUUAAUCAAUCCAGAAAUCUGCACGAGUAGUGACUAUUGCGGUGGAGUGUCACGUGAAUGCAAUGCUAGGGAACAAAGAAAAGAGCCAUCAAACAAUCUGGUGCCAAAUAUGCUAAUGCUCCUGGGUGGUGCAAUCUGCAUGUCUAGAGGGCUCUCUAACUUGGGAUCAAAGGUUGCCAUGGCAUGUAUCCUGAGUAAGCUUGUGAAACUCAAUGGUAUGAGAAGCAAAAACUUACAGAGAUUUAGCCAGAUAGAGGUUCAGACACGUGUACAAUGCGAUGAUAAGUGAAGAUGAGCUUCAGUGCGGCUACUCAAGUGUAACCUCUUGAGUAGGAAUGCAGCUGUGCAUAUUUAUGUGGUUUCAAGAAACAUAUGUUACUUAAUAUUUUAUUUUUUAAAAUUUCUCCAAUUACCCCUUUCGCUAUUGAUACAUGAAUGUGGAUUGGACGAUUCUCUCGCUCUAAUCUUCUUUGUUAUCGGAAGCUUUUAAGCCAGUGUCAUUCAAUUAUAAGUGUUUUGUCA